AUGGCCGACAUACGCGUUCAAAGCCUGCGCAAACCCAUUGAUGUCUCGGAAUAUCUCUUCCGGCGGCUCUAUGAGGUUGGCGUUCGCUCGUUACAUGGUGUCCCCGGCGACUAUAAUCUUGUCGCACUCGACUAUCUUCCCAAAUCUGGACUGAAAUGGGUUGGCAGUGUCAAUGAGCUGAACGCCGCCUACGCUGCGGAUGGGUACGCCCGUGUAAAGCAGAUCGGUGCGCUCCUCACUACAUUCGGUGUAGGAGAGCUGUCUGCCAUCAAUGGUGUCGCGGGGGCCUUUUCUGAGCGUAUACCCGUCGUCCAUAUUGUCGGGUACCCGUCGACGCUCUCGCAACGAGACGGCAUGCUUCUGCAUCACACCCUUGGCAAUGGGGACUUCAACGUGUUCGCCAACAUGAGUUCUCAAAUUUCAUGCCAGGUUGCCAAGUUAAAUAGCCCAUCGGACAUUGCGGACCAAAUUGAUCAUGCUUUGCGUGAGUGUUGGGUUCAAUCGCGACCCGUCUAUAUCACCCUACCAACGGACAUGGCCGAAACCAAGGUGGAAGGGGCACGACUUGACCGGCCGAUUGACCUGACGGAGCCACAGAAUGAUCCAGAAAAGGAGGAUUAUGUUGUUGAUGUCAUCAUGAAAUACCUCAACGCUGCCAAGAACCCGGUGCUGCUCGUUGACGCCUGUGCCGUGCGUCACCGUGUGCUUCCAGAGGUUCAUGAUCUUUUGGCCAAGUCAAAUCUGCCUGUCUUUGUGACCCCAAUGGGCAAGAGUGCUGUCAAUGAACAGCAUGACAACUUUGGUGGUGUCUAUGCUGGAGACGGCUCACACCCUCCAGAAGUGAAGGAUAUUGUGGAAUCAUCGGAUCUGGUUGUGUCUAUUGGCGCUUUGAAGAGUGACUUCAAUACGGCUGGCUUCUCUUACAGAACAUCGCAGCUCAACAGCAUCGACCUUCACAGUGACCAUUGUGUUGUGAAAUAUUCGACAUAUCCUGGGGUGAGGAUGAAGGGAGUUCUGCAGAAAGUUGUCAAGCGAAUUGAUCCUAAACAGCUCAACAUCCGCGCUUCCCCCGCCGUUCGAAAUGAGGCGAGGGAACACCACGAUGGAUCAGCGACAAUAACUCAGGCUUGGUUCUGGCCACGUCUUGGCGAAUUCCUGACUGAUAAUGACAUUGUUGUCACAGAAACAGGGACUGCAAAUUUUGGUAUCUGGGACACCAAGUUUCCCUCCGGGGUAACGGCGCUGAGUCAGGUUCUCUGGGGUAGUAUAGGAUGGUCAGUAGGUGCAUGUCAAGGAGCCGCACUUGCCGCCAAGGAUAUGGGUGAGAAGCGAAGGACCAUUUUGUUUGUUGGGGAUGGCUCAUUUCAAUUGACUGCUCAGGAACUGAGCACCAUGAUACGCCAUGAGCUGAACCCGAUCAUAUUUGUCAUUUGUAACGAGGGUUUCACUAUUGAGCGAUUUAUCCAUGGUAUGGAUGCAGGCUACAAUGAUAUUGCUAAAUGGGACAACCGGGGCCUUGUUGAUGUUUUCGGCGGUCAAGGGAAGGCUCAGAAGUUUGCUGUGAAAACAAAGGAUGAGUUGAACGAGUUGCUUGCAAAGCCUUCCUUUAAGGCUGCGAACGAAUUGCAACUUGUUGAGGUAUAUAUGCCAAAGAAAGAUGCGCCGAGAUCACUGGUGAUGACGGCCGAGGCUAGUGCCAGAACAAAUGCAAGGAAGGAGUGA